UCUUUCUCAAUGUGCUCCCCAUCUCCAGCCGUUGAGGGGUGCAGUGCCGUUAUCUUGCGUGACUGCGUGAAGCGUGUGGUUCGUUUGGACCAAAACGUUCGUUUGCUGCUCCCUGUGUCAUGCCUUGGCGGCCUGUGUCGCUUUUUCUCGGCGCGCUCUCUGCCGUGCCUUGCUCCUGGCCGCGCGCGGAUGCGACUCUUUCAGUUAACCGACAGAACAGAGGCAAAUUUAAAAUGGGGUGACGUAAGAAGAGGGGAAAAAAACAUACGGCACUGUGUAUGAGCAGGCACCGGAUCAUGGAAUCGCGUCCACACAUUUAACGCUCGCACACGUCGUUCAGGUUUGGACAGAUCCGGAAUGACUGCGGACUCUCGUGCCUCUCCCACAAUCCGGUCCGGUAUUUCUUCUCUGGGGCGGUGCGUAGCAUUACACACCUCAACGUAAUUACGGAGAUUGAACCGAAGGAGGUAGGCUACUGAGACGCUUCUCGUUCUCGCGUUUUUUGUUGAAUUAGAAUGUGUGCUGAGUGAAAAUAUACAAUAAAUGACCGACUCAAUAAAUAUCACGGAUGUGUGCCGGGAUUCAAAGGGUACGACUAGAAGGAUGGUUAUGCGAGGCCAAGCGUGAAUAACUACGCUCGCCUGCUGUCAGAGGGCCGAGUGUGUGCAGGCUGCGAGCGCAAACAGCCCCAGGUGGUUCGUUCGUGUGCUUGACGUCGGAACCAUCCUUAACGGUUCUGGCUAAUCUCUCGCAGGAUGGUCGUUAAGGCUCGGGCACGUUCUGUUCCGGUGCAUACCAUUUCCAUCUCCGAGAGGCGAACGUAAAACAGCGGGCUUGCUUUGACUGGAGCGGAAGGACCAUGGCAGGACCACCGCAUGCCGUGGCUCGGCUCGUCUCCGGGGCCCGGGAGGAGCCACCGUCCUCGGGAAGUCCUGCCGACAAGCCCCGAAAGCGGAGAGCGUUUUACCUGCUUCGCAUGCGUUCACCGAGCACAGCCGUCAAUAACAACAACAACAGCCUCGCCCCGUUAGUGAUUCCUGGACAGAUCAAACACAUCUGCAGCAACUGCAGCCGCGGGCGCGAGCUACGGGACGUGGAAGGGGUGGAUCGCCUGGCAGCGCUGCGCUCUGAUUCGCUCGUCCCAGGCACACACACACCACCCAUACGGAGACGAGGCAAGCUGGCUACUCUGGGUCGCCUCUUCAAACCUUGGACAUGGCGGAGGAAGAGGAAUGACAAGUUCCAGCAGAAUUCAGCCGCUCUGGAGAGAAGGUUGUCCAUGCGAGCUAGCAGAGAGGAGUUAAUCAGGCGAGGAGUACUGAAGGAGAUCCAUGAGAAAGAGAGUGUGCCGUUGCCAUCGGCGAUGGGUCAGGAGGUGUGCAUGCCAGUGUCAAAGGAGAGUGAGGCACCUACAAAACCAAGUACGGAAGUUCGGCCAGACUCCUCCAGGAAACUCUCUCCUCCUGUCCCACCAAAGAAAGUGAUGAUAUGUGAGCCAACGCCCCCCUCCCACCCUCCUCCCGCUCAUACCGUCACACACACACACUCACACACACUCACGCUCACACACACUCUGUCACACAUGCACACACUGCCAUAUCCCAGCAUGCCCAUCUCUCUGCAUCCCCCCAGCCGCAUCAUCGAGGAGCUCAACAAGACACUCGCUUUCACCAUGCAGCGAUUAGAGAGUUCGGUGUUCCAUGCUGUUCCCACGGUUAUGAUUGAGUGUGAAGAUAACAAAGAGAAUCACCUGCGGCAACCAGACUGCCAGGCCUCGCACACCAGCUACACACAGCAGGGGAGAGAGGAGGAGGACAGUGAGGAGGACGAUGAUUCAAUGUUCACAAGUACUCUGGCUUUGAGGGUGCUCAGGAAAGACUCCCUAGCUGUGAAGAUCGGAAAUCGGCCGUCACAGUGGGAGCUGGAGGAGAAGAAUAUCCUUAUGAGACGCUCUGACCACGACAGGCUGGAGAGCAGACAGCAGACCUGCACCAAACUCACACGGAGGUUAAGCCUGAGACCAACAGCAGAGGAGCUUGAGCAGAGGAAUAUCCUGAAACCCCGGAACGAGGAGGAGGAACAGGAAGAGAAGAGAGAACUCAAGAGACAUCUAAACAAAAAGCUGCGGGAGCGGCCUACAGUGGAGGCGUUGCGUGAGGCUCGGAUUCUCAGUUUUAAUGACUACGUGGAGGUCGCUAAGGUGCAGGACUAUGAUCGUCGUGCCGACAAACCCUGGACUCGCCUCACUGCAGCUGACAAGGCAGCCAUACGCAAGGAGCUGAAUGACUUCAAAAGCACAGAGAUGGAGGUUCAUGAGUCCAGUCGUCACCUAACCAGGUUCCACAGGCCCUGACUCUAGACCAGCUGAAGUAUCUCCGUGUACGACUGGACUUGUACUACUGGGGUUAGUGCUGUGCAGAUUGAUGGGGCUGGGGACUAGGACGGAAUUCCCUGCAUGGCUGGAGCCCCCUUCGGCCAUCCUGACACACCUCAAGUGCUGAGAUGCUUCACACCCUCCAGAACCGGCUUCACUGGAUCCAGAUUGACAUCACAUCCAAACCACACUGGAUCCAGAUUGACAUCACAUCCAAACCACACUGGAUCCAGAUUGACAUCACGCCCAAACCACACUGGAUCCAGAUUGACAUCACGCCCAAACCACACCUUCAGUCAGUUUUAAGCCACAGCUUCCUUAAAGCCCCUUCAGGAACAGGUUUACAUCAGUUUGGAUCAGACCUACUCUUGCGGCUAAUUGUUUUCUUUUUUUUAUUUGACUUUCCUCUUUAACUUUUUUUUAAUCCAUAGUUUUUUUAAACAAUCCAGGAACGUUGAAAGAGAUCGUGCUGCAAUUUUUUUCUGUGGUAAACAGUGAUGGGAUACUGAACAUUUGCUGCUUUGAGGGGUGUGUUUUCCCUCCGACGUUGGUUUUGUGCUUUAUUUUCAUAUUGUUUUGUAUUUGAUGGUUAUUUAUUUUGUAUUGUUGUUUUAUAUUCUUCCCCAGAGCCUUACAGGCUCUAAUGGGAUGUUCUUAUGCUGGUGUUUCAGGCCUUUCAUUUUUUUAAUACACCCAAUACCCAGGACGCAUGAGUAUGUUUGUGUGUGUGUGUGUGUGUGUGUGUGUACUUUGCAAGUACAAAUACACACACACUCACACAUACAUUCUUUCAUUAAGGGAUCUUGGAGCAGGAAUGGGGGGAGGGGUCUGAGCAAUAACUAGUUUCAGUUGUAAAGCACAGCUCACCACUUUUCUGCAAAUGUGUGACUGUGUCACUGUGUGUGUGUAUGUGUGUGUGUGUGUGUGUGUGUGUGUGUGUGUCUCUCUCUUUCUGUUCAUGCUGAGAACCGCCCUCCAAUCCCUUCAAGAAAAGCCAUCUAACCCCUUAAAGCCACAACUGUCUGUAUCUGAGAAAACCCCUACAUGUACUCCUGCUACUCUGUAAUGGGCUCUAGUGCAAACUGCUUCACCCUGCUGCACCGUGACCCAACCUCAGCCUCCACCUUGGCCUCGCUCUCGACGACUCUAAACCGGGCCCACUUGUCACUUCAUAGUCUUACCUAACACCCCAUCUAACAAUGAUUACGGAAUUCUUAAAAAAAAAGAAUGCGAUGACUAAUUGAAGCCAUACUACUACAACCACACUACUGAUGCUCCCAUAGACUUGUGCUAUCUCUUGUCCCCUGACACUAAUCCAACCCUGAUAUCACCUCCAUCACUGAUUAGCCCUCGAUCUGCAGACAAUGCCACUGAGGGCCGUUCAAAGUAAGGCACCGACUAGGAAGCACAGUGCCAUAUGAGACAGCUUCUUCUUCACUGUUUACCAGGAUACUAAGGUGCCAAAACCGAUGCCAGUUUCAAAAAUAACCCUCUAAUGCGGCAUUAAUGCUUUGUGUGUGUGUGUUUGUGUUAGUGGUUUAAAGGAAACUGCCACUCCAGUAUUGUAUAGAAAAAUGAAGACAGUUGUGUUACUCUGAGCAAUUUGUUUUGCAUGACUCCGAAUAAAAAAAAAAGAGGGCGGGCGGGCGGCACUGCAAUGGGAGAGAGAGAGAGCUCCUUGUUCGGGGGAACUCUACUCGAAAUCUGCAAGCCAAACUGAUGUCUGGAUGUGCAUGGAGGUGCAGUUUCAAUGAGAGGUUGUUGAACUUACCCCUUAAGUGGUAUGCUACCGAUGUAAUACCACACACCUCAGGGGUUUGGGGGGGCAGGUAACAACCCACAGCAGUCUGUAGGAUGGCUGUAGAACCACAUCAGAUGCUCCUGCCCAAUGUCUAACAGCAGGACAUAAACGAAUAUGAUAGAUAUAAAUAUAUAUAUAUAUAAAUAUAUAUAGACAAAUAUACAAGUUGUAGGGCAGAGGGACCAACAUGCACACUCAGACAACAGCCACCAUAUUUGAGGCAGCUCCAUGUUACAGAGUGGGAAUAUGAAAUAAGUGUUCUAUAGGAUAAAAAGGAAUGUGUGUGUGUGUG